GUGCGCAGCAGGCAGCACAAUGCUGACAGCAGCAGCAGCAGCAGCAGCGGUGGCGGCAGCAGCAGGUGCCACAGUGCCAGGUGGCGGGCUGCGAUUGGUCAAGGGGUCGUCAGCGGCAGUGACUCGCAUUCAUGGUCGCAUCUUCCCUGAGGGCCUUUACUACAUAGCAGUGGGUCUCGGCACCCCUCCGCGCACCUAUUUCCUCGAUAUAGACACGGGAAGCCACGUGUCCUGGGUGGCCUGCGACGCUCCCUGUGUCAAUUGCGCUCAGGGCCCCAACCCAUGGUACGACCCCUCCCAUGCCUCUCUCGUGGACUGCCAUUCCGACCUCUGCCAAGCCGCACAGACAGGCUUCAUCCGAGGCUGCUCCUCAGGCUCGGAAGACGAGCCUUCAGACUCGGAAGGUGCCGAAGCUGCGGAUGCGGGUCGGGUCGGGGAGGGGGUUCAUACCAAGCCACGGCAUCUGCAAGAGGCGUCCAGAGGGGUUAUGAACGGUACCAGUGGUGCUGCUGCUGCUGGGGACAGUAACCAGAGUGACAGUAUCGGAGGUGACAAUAACGAGAGUGACAGUGACAGCAGCGGGCAGUGUGACUAUGACAUAGUGUACACGGACGGAAGCAGCUCACAGGGUGUGCUUGUAACGGAUAGGUUACUGUUCCUGCACCCCUCGGGCACACUCAAGGCCACGCAGUUCACAUUCGGAUGUGCAUACGACCAGGAGGGCGAUCUCGCUGUCUCCCCUGCUCGAUCCGAUGGCGUGUUGGGCCUCGGCCCUUCCAACCUCUCACUCCCUGCCCAGCUGUCGAGAGCAGGGGCGGGGCGCAACGUUUUUGGCCACUGUCUGGAUUCGGCGGCGUCUGGGGGAGGUUACUUCUUCAUUGGCGACGCGCUUUUACCCAGCACCCUCACCUGGACCCCUCGCGCCUCAAAAAGCGACACCCGCUACUACCACGCGUCGCUCCUCCACAUCUCUUACGGUUCCAAGAAGCUUCCCAUCGACGAUCCCAAGGCGCUCCACAAUAAGCACGCGGGCUCUCAAUCUGCUUAUAACGAGGAUGGUGGAGUGGAGAGCGGAGGAGCGAUAUUCGACUCGGGGUCGUCGUUCGCCUACAUGCCUGCUGCCCCAUUUGAAGCUCUGCUAGAAAUGGUAUCAGCUGAUGCAGCAGCAGCGGGCCUGCAGGCAGACACGACCGUGACUGUGCUGCCGCACUGCUGGCGGCUGGGGAAAGGGGCGCCAGGGAUCAGGUCCGUUGCUGACGUGGCAUCCCAUUUCUCUGCCCUCACAUUCUCGUUCCAGUCACAUUCAAUCUUCUCCUCCUCAGCUGAUCUCUCCGUUGCUCCCGCCACCUACCUCCUCUCACCGGGGCAUGGCACGGUGUGUCUUGGCAUUCUGAAUGGAGAGGAGUCAAUCGCGUUGGGAGGCGCUUCCCGAACCAUCAUCGGAGAUAUCGCGAUGCGUGGUUACCUUAUAGUGUAUGAUAAUGAGAAUGCAAGGAUUGGUUGGACCUUGGCCAAUUGUUCCUCCAAACCAUGA